CAAGAGAAGUAAUAGUUAAUGUUGUAAUAUAGUUAUACUUUCUUAUGCACAACUGAUUUCAGUUAUACAGGGUUUAAUAUGGAAGUGUCUGGAAGUGUGAAAGAUGAUUUAGAUAAAAGUUCAAUAAUGGACAGAGGAGAAACUGAAGAAAGGAUUGUUGAUAUCUACAUUACUGCAGAGGCUGUAAGAGAUCUUAAACACAAGAAAGAAGUGGAGGACUUUAACAUGACAACAACCAAACCACCUGAACCCACAGGAAGUGAGUUUGUGAUGAAGAGAAGUUACAGAUCAGUUACAGUGUGUUUGGUGCUGCUGUGUGUUCUUCUACUGACUGCAGUCAUAGUGCUGUGUGUCCUGAUCAUAACAAACAAUCACAAGUUUGAUAUCACCAGCAAAAACAUCACAGAAGAGAGAGACCAGCUAAUAACCAAAUAUAUCACCAUCACAGAAGAGAAAGACCAACUGCUAACCAACAAUACCAACCUUACAAAACAGAAAGGCCAACUAAUAAGCAACAAUACCAACCUUAUAAAAGAGAGAGACCAGCUACUAACCAACAAUACCAACCUCACAAUAGAGAGAGACCAGCUACUAUUAAAUAAUAAAAAUUUGACAACAGAAAAUGGUAGAUUAUUAACUAACCUUAAUAAACAAAGAGAGAAGUUAAAUGCAACGAUGGAGGUUUUAAAAAGAGAUGGAUUGGCAGUAUUUCAAUCUAGUUUGUACUUCAUUUCAUCUGAGAAGAAGACCUGGAGUGAAAGCAGAACAAACUGCAUACAGAGAGGAGCAGAGCUGAUCAUCAUUAACAAUCAAGAGGAACAAGUGAGAGACAGAUACACUGUG